CCUCCGCAGCCGCCGCCAUGUUCCGCCGUGCCCGCCUCAAUGUGCGGCCCAAUGUGCGACCCGCGGGCAGAGGUGCCGGCAGCGCGGCCGACCCGAAGCCUCAGGGUUCGGACUCCCCUGUGGCUGCCGGUGCAGAGGGUGCGGCGGGAGAGGCGACUGAUCCCCCGCCGAUCGCGCCGGAGGUGGAGAGUGAGGACAAGGCUGAUGGCUCAAAUGAUGCUGGAGAAGCUAUCAAACCUGCAGAGGCGCCCUUCCAGAGGAGAAAGCGGAUCUCCACCAUGCCCAAUCUUGCCAAACCCCGAGCUGCACCUUCAUCUGCUCAGCAUCCUGCAUCAAAGCCACAGAGGGGAGCAUCACAGGCUCCUGAUGGCAGUGCUUCCCCGCAGAAGGACCCCUCUCCAUCAGAAAAGAGUCAUGCUGAAAGCCCCUUAAAGCCUCCCAUGCUGCCUGAGAAGCAAACACCCUUGCCGCAAGUGCCACAGUUUUCCCCACUAAAAAAAUCAGUGAGCAAAGAGCCAACUGCAUGUGCAGCUGCUCAGAAGAAUGAGGAAGGCUUGCAGAAGACUGUACCUGCCCCACUCAAGGAGAGACCAACACAGGAAAGAUCAGGAACACAGGAGGAAAAGCUGCCUGUAAAACCUUCCCCUGUGAAAGAGAAACGAAUGUGUUCUGACCGCGAAAGGAUCCUCAAAGCUCGGAAGUUGAGAGAGAUGCUUAAAGAAGAGCUGAAGAAAGAAAGGAUGAUGAAACACAGACCUCCAAUAAUUGAAGGACGCUCUCCACCAGACCAUUCUAAAAUGACCAUGAGAGACUUGAUAUACUACCUGCCAGAAAACAACCCCAUGAAGUCCUCACUGGCAGAAGAAAAGAGAACAGAAAGAAAUUCUGCACCAAGUCAAAUGAAAGAACAGGAAGAGAAAAGUGCUCCUGAUCGUGAAGAAGAUGAUGAAAAGCAAGAAGCAGAGAAUGAGGAGGAGAGUCAGGAUGGUCCACUUCUUGUUCCUCGUGUGAAAGUAGCAGAAGAUGGUUCCAUUAUUCUGGAUGAAGAAAGUUUAACUGUGGAAGUUCUAAGGACAAAAGGCCCACGUGUGGUUGAAGAAAACGAUCCCAUCUUUGAGCGUGGCUCCACAACUACGUAUUCCAGCUUCAGGAAAAGUUUUUACACAAAACCAUGGUCAAAUAAAGAAACAGACAUGUUCUUUUUAGCUAUCAGUAUGGUAGGAACAGACUUCUCCCUGAUUGGACGGCUGUUUCCUCACAGAGCCAGAGCAGAGAUCAAGAACAAGUUCAAACGUGAGGAAAAAGCGAAUGGAUGGAGGAUAGACAAAGCUUUCAAAGAGAAGCGGCCCUUUGAUUUUGAGUUCUUUGCCCAGCUGCUUGAGAAGGUCCUAGCAGAUGAAGAGAAGAGAAAGCAAAAGGCUGUUAAAAGCCAGAAGCCAAAGGAAAAGAAGCCAUCAAGGCCUCGAAAGAAGCUAAAAGCAGUGAAAAAUGCCAACACAGAAGUUGCUGAUGAACAAAGUGAUCUUGAGGAGGCCAGAAUUUCUGAUGCAGAAGCAGAUGCUGUGAUGGCUGAGAAGGAAAAUGAGGAAUCUUUGGGCAUUUCUGAAGAAGCAGGAGAACAGAUUGCAUCAGAGCCAGCAUUAGCAAAAAGGAAGAGAAAGAGAAAGGGAAAAGAUGAUGCUGAAGAGGAAGUGGAGAGUCUUUCAGAUGAAAUGGCUGUCCCUUCAAAGAUUGCUGAUAAAGAGAAAUCCUUUAAGAAAAGUGAGAGUCAGAAGUACUCACUUUUAAAUGUUCAAAUGUAUAUAAAGACAUACAGACUCCCAGCAUGA